CCCCCCCAAGCGGCGGCAGCGGCAGUGUCUAGAAACACAUAGCUAGAAAUAUAAAAUAACCCCGUUCCUGCACCAUGGUUUUUCAAAGUAGGCUCCCUUCUUGGAUUAUUUUGUGCUCCGUCUGGCUGUUCCGCUUUGCACACACGGGGGAGGCACAGGCUGCAAAAGAAGUAAUAUUGCUGGACUCUAAAGCACAACAGACAGAGCUGGAAUGGAUUUCCUCUCCUGCCAAUGGGUGGGAAGAAAUUAGCGGACUGGAUGAAAACUACACUCCUAUACGAACAUACCAGGUAUGCCAGGUCAUGGAACCUAACCAAAACAACUGGCUUCGGACUAACUGGAUUGCAAAAAGCAAUGCACAAAGGAUUUUUGUAGAACUGAAAUUCACUCUGAGGGAUUGUAACAGUCUUCCUGGAGUUCUGGGGACUUGUAAAGAAACUUUUAACUUGUAUUAUUAUGAAACAGACUACGACACUGGCAGGAAUAUCCGAGAAAACCAAUAUGUAAAAAUAGACACUAUUGCAGCAGAUGAAAGUUUUACCCAGGGUGAUCUUGGGGAAAGAAAAAUGAAACUUAAUACAGAGGUGAGAGAAAUUGGACCUUUGUCCAAAAAAGGAUUCUAUCUUGCAUUUCAGGAUGUAGGGGCCUGCAUUGCUUUGGUCUCUGUCAAAGUCUACUACAAGAAGUGCUGGUCCAUCAUUGAGAACUUAGCUAUUUUUCCUGAUACAGUGACUGGCUCAGAGUUUUCCUCUUUAGUUGAAGUACGAGGAACUUGCGUCAGCAGUGCAGAGGAGGAGGCUGAGAACUCUCCGAAGAUGCACUGCAGUGCCGAGGGAGAAUGGUUAGUGCCUAUUGGAAAGUGUAUCUGCAAGGCAGGAUACCAGCAGAAAGGAGACACAUGUGAACAUACUGAGAGAAACUUAUCUGAACAUUGACACUAAUGCAACUGGCUAUCUGUUACUGUCAAGCUGUGUAACAGAUCAAGCAGAAGCAAGCUGGUAUGUGCUUCCUUAACCCAGAGCUUUUAUAGCCCUGUUGAAGGGCUCUCUUCUGCAAAUACUUUGUACCUGGCAUGCUGUGUGACUUCUUUGGGUCUACUUGUGGUAGAAAGCAUUGUGAUCUGUCAGGACAGGCAAAAGUCUGUGAUUCCUCUCUCACACUUGCUAAAGCUCAGCUGAAUCAACUUAACACAAUAGGAAAGUCUUUUAAAGAUUCAGCAUAAUAACUUAUCUGGCUGCGUUGUAGCAAAGGUAGGAGACCAAGUAGAUGGUCACAUUGUAAUUCAAAAUAGCUUUUCAACCUGUAACACAGUGGGGAUUUUCAUUUGUAUUAAGCUAGCUUGAUUGGCUUACUGUGAGUGAAGAAUGUGUUCCUUUUGCAUACAACUUCUCUCCUGUAUGUGAAAUUUAUCAAGUUCAGAUACUAAAACAAUUGAAUUUUGAUUUAUACACAAUUCCAUACUGGAUGUGUUGCUAGAAGAUAUUUUUAAUCAUAUGAAUAUAAGUAAUUGGUAAUGCCAGGGGAAGGUAAGGAAGAAAACAAUAAUGAAUGGGGAAACAGAUAAUUCGGAAACUGAGCUUUCCAGUGUUCCUUCUUCAAUGCUGAUCUUCCAGGCUGAUUUUUUUCUUCCCCCAAAAUGUCCACUGAUUACUUCUCGCUAUAGUUGUGCCAAGAAAUCUGUCUCACUCCAGUGAUCUACUAUGAUAACGCACACAUAAACAGUAGCACCUAAAUCCAAAGAGUCCACAGUCUUAAUUUAAGGCAAUAUUUUACAGCUGAGUGAAAGAAGCGUGAGAAAACUAGUCUGAACUUUGUCUUACUGUUCUUAUUCUGCUGCUUAUGUGCCAGGACAUUGUUUUCUCUGUAUUGGUCAUAUGUCUGGCAGUGUGUGGUGCACAAAAACAGGCUUGGCUCAGGACUGCAGGUUUUAUAUUUUAAAGGAUAGUUCUGAAAGGUACAUAGCAAAUAUUCAGCCCUCCCAACACCAGAUACUGCAUAUGUUCCUUAAAAACAAAACCAAAACAGCUCUCCCCUACUUUCCACCAAAAAAAAAACCCCUAAAACCAAAAAUUUGCUUACUAACUGUAGUGAACUCUUGAUGGCCUCCUAACUUAGAAGACUUUUCAUAGUGGAAUCUGGUCGAUACUUUGCCUAUAUAAGAAUGAUAUUGAGAUCAGUGUUUGGGAUUUGAAGGAGAAAAUGAUUCUCUGAGAACUUGCAGUGUAAAGUAUUUUCCAUCUGUUUCAUGUUAGUUGGGAGUGGAAAGGGAGAGAACUGUACUCAAUCCGAGCAGUAGAGUGAUAUUUCAGAAGGUAGGAAGCCUCCUUCUGUAUGACUGAGCUGAGAAAUUACAUAGAUGAUUUGGCACUAAGUCCAAAAAAUUCAGAAUUCUAGGGAAAGCCAAAUGGGUACAUUUUACUGUUAAAUGUUUUAUGAUACCAUAUGCAUUAGCAGUUGUUUUAUUGCCUCCCAAAAUGGGUAGGGGAUUAUAGCUAUUUGUACGUUGUGUCUUGGUGAGGUAGAAAGGGAGCUACAGGCUUUUCUUUCCAAACUUUUUCAUGUGCUAUAUGCUGUGCCAGACUGCAAGCUGCAUCUGUUCCUGCUCUUUUUUUUUUGGGGGGGUGGGUGGAGGAGGAGGAAGUUUUGUCUCUUGACUUGCUGAAAUAUUACUUCACAGCAGAUUCAGAAACAGGAACUGCAUUGUAUCUACCACAAGUUAUUAGUAGAAGGCAAUGAAUUGAGAAGGAAAUGCGAGUAAGUUCCUAACAAUUUCUUUUAAAAAAAUGUUACUGUGCUUCUAAAAAGCUCAGCUUGCAUGAAUUGUGAAUUGGUAUAGAGCCUGAUCCAGGUAAUGUGUCCCAAAAGCUGUAGGUGACUUGCAGCUUGAGUAACCUGUGUUGACACUCUUGCUCUUUCAAUCUGAAAAUAUUCUGCUCUAUGGAGAAGGGGCAAAAUGGAAGAAAACUUCCUCAACAGCAUUUCUAUAAUUAAGACUCUAAACGGCUUUCUUUUUUGAAGAAAAGUUCCCUCUCUCACAUUUGCCUCUUACACUACUCCUGGGAGGAGAAUGUAAUUAUUCUCAGCAAAGUGACCCAGAGCAGAGGAAAGGGAUAUUCCUGACAGUUUUGUCAUUUUCUCUGAAGCCAGUGGAAGUUCAACAUGAGAGCAUUCCUUUAUUUUUCCCCUAAGCUAUUAAGUAAUUUUUCUGUCCCUUUCUAAACAAAUGGCAAUAUAAUCUGGUUCCAGAUCCAGCUGCAGAUGAAGUAUUGAAUUGAAAAAUCACAACGUAAGUAUCUUUGCAAAGGGUCCCAGCAGGAUUCAGAAAAAUAUACCAGAUAAUUAUUAGGUGAAAGACCUUCCAGUGAGAGGGUGAAGAGUGCUGAAGGUGUUCGUGCUACGAAAUGCAGAGCUUUGAUCUCCUGCCAUCCUUUCCUGGGAAAGGAAUUAGUUUCCAUGAGUCUUAUUGCUUGAGGAUGCUAUUUAUUGAAUUGAUGUAAGUCUGUUCUGGUGCUUACUUCCAGUCCCUUUGUAGUUACUAUAAAGUUAAGUGCCUUGGCUUUCUUUCACCCUGAAAUCUUCUAGCUGUUUUCUGGUCAGGGUACUAUGGUAGAAAGAUUUUUUUUUUUUCUUGAUCUUUCUUUCAGAACAAUCUAGUGUCUGUAAAGAGGAUGAUUUUCACAAAUCUGGGUCAAUUAGGUUUCUUAGACCUACUUUGCUCAAGUCCUUUAGCCUUUUGGAUGUGGCAGUUAGGUCUUCUACCCUUCUUUGCGCUAUAUCUACCGCUAAAUACAUGCUCUUUAAAGAGUGGUCUCCAAGUAAGUUAGACAAAACGGUCUGCAUUCUCUCAGUGUGACGUGAAGGUAUGUGAGAUGUUAGAUGAUGUUGAGUUGAAGUAAUGAAGAACCACUUUGGAGGCUGUCAAAACCGGGUAUUUUUCACUCAUAGUGCUGAUCAGAGGAUCCCUAAAUUGAAUUAACUGCAGAGCCACUGACUGGUUUUAUUUCCAAUGAACUAGUUUUUUACUCCAGAAGAGUUGGCCGAUGGGAAGCAGCACAUGCAGAUGGGCCAUCAGGAGCCUGGAUCCUAGAAGCUGAGUUGUUAGAUAAUGUUAGAUGCACACAGAACUUUUUUCUUCUGCAUCCUUCUUUCGCCUUCUCUGUUCCACUUUCCAGAUUCUGCUGUCUCCAGGAGUUAAUUCUAUUUUUGCCUCUUGUUAGAGCUUUGAGUUUUGCUGAGUAUGAGUUUCUUAAACUGUUUGUUGCCGCCCCGCAGUAAAUUUCUAAAAUAAAUAAACAGCAAUGAAAUCAACCAGAAUCUUAAUAAUUCCUCCCUUAGUUACAGCGGAAGCACUAAAGCUGUCUUUUUUUACAGAUCUGGGAUGCCACUGCUGAAUUAGCUAUGGUUGCUCAACAGCUGGGUUGUUAACUCCUCAGCCAUAAAGUCUAGAUUUUCUAUUUGUUUUAAAUGAGCUUUAGUUUGUAUUUAGAACCAGAAUCUCUUACUAUCACGUCUGUCACCUAAAACAAUGCCUCUAGCUUUUGGAGCACACUUUUAUACCUGGAAAUCUUUUCUGAAAGGUGCAACAGGGAUGUAAUGUUUUUGUUACUGUAUUCCAAAUAUAAAUGAUUUUCUUAGAUGCAAAAGCAACUAGCUUGCUUGGAAAGUCCCUCUUUUUGUUCAGGGUUUCUGUUAAUUUCUGAGAAUUAAGCCAUUAAAAAGUAAGUUAAAUAUUCUUUCAUUUCUGGGUCUAAAUGACACAUGUAAUCCUUGUUAGGGGAAUCUCAAGUGUACAUGCCUUCAGUUAAAUAUGAGUGUUAAUUUUUUAACCAAAAAAGAGCAAGGUUCUUGGAGUGAAAAAAGGAGACUAAGCAGGAUCCAGAAAAGGUGAAGCAAAGAUCUUUUAAAAAAAGAACUGAUUAGAGAAAAGUGGGAGCAUAUAAACAAAUAUUUCACUAAUCUGCUUUAUGUAUCAGAAUGAUGUCUUUUAUGUGGAUGGUAAAAUGCUAUCAAAGUUACUCAAGCAAAUUAUUUGUGCAGUUCAAAGUAGAAAUUGUUCCCUGAGAACAAAGAGCCUUAAGCAAAAGAGAAGUGGAGGUUCUUAUCGGAAAAGUGGGACAAACGUAGAGAAAUACAUAUUUGCUACUGAAGUUGACAGAAAAGAAAAUUAUGUGAGCAAAAUAUUUGCUUCAUCACAUUAGCUUUUGAAUGUUAUUGGACCCCGAACUUCCUCUGCUCUCAUGAAAAUGCUUGUUUUUCCUACUGUAUCAGUUUAUUCAUAUUAAACAGUGCUAGAGUUUUAAGAAUGUCAGUCUCUUCUUACUUGGGAAACUGUUGAGGUUGUAUUUUCUUUUCUCUUUAUGUGGGUUUUCAGCUAGUAACAUGCUUAUUACCACUUAAACUACAAUGUAAAAAAAAAAUUGUUACUUCCUGACUUCUCUGCACUAAAUCUCCGCAUUUUCUCUGUACUAUACAAGCUCUGUCUGAAAUACUAAUUUAGUUAUUUAAAAACAAUAAGUUGUACACAGCUUUUGAUAAACAUUUUUUAAAUUGAAAACAGGUAAAACAUUUUUGAAAUUAUAUCUGCGAAAGAUAAAAUUAAACAUUUUAAGUAGACUUAAUUACGGAGUUUUCUGAAUUGCACAUACUGGUUUACCUUUUUGUUAUAUUCUUCUAGAGAUACUGCAACCACAACUUUUCUAAUAAAAACUUAAGACUGGAACUGAGUUAAACAUAAAACAAUUUGCAAUGGGUUUCCUUAAAAGAAAAGGGAGGGAUUAUUAAAAGCCAAACAUGAUUUACGUGACAGCAAAAAAUAUGUAAAUGUUUUCUACUCUAAGCUUUUGCAGAAUGUUGUGGUAUCAAGCAGUAAAAAAAGAUCUGGUUUAUUCUUUAAUCCAGUAUUCCCUGUCUUUAAUUUCAUGAAAACUAACCUCUGUUUACAAGAUAUUGAAAUAUCCAUUUUCUUCUGUAACUUUGUGUGACUGAGAAAAUGGCAGCAAUAGCAAAUAUGUUCGAGACAUUUAUAUGAACUGUCUGGUCCCUGCUUAGAAGCUUUUAUUCCUUCACACUUUGUAUCCUUUCAUUUGCUGGUAUCUGUCACCAAGAGUUCUUUUGUCGUUAAUACUAAUGAAAAAUGUAUGUCACUCUUGUGUGUGAAAGUGAAUAGUAUUCCAGUUUGUAGUUCAGAGCACAGUGUUUCUGUGGGAAAUUAUCUUUUAAAUUUACAUACAUUUUAGGUAAUUUGGCUUAAUUUUAACCUAAUUUAUGAUUAUAAUUGAGAGUAACAAAGACAAACAAGUAAAAGCUUGUUGGAGAUAAGAACUGGGCUCAGUUAAUAUACUUCCUAAAGUCCUGAACCUGUCAAUUCAUGCACCUGCACAGCUUUAUUUAACUGUGUGGCACUGCUGCCUGUUCUAAGGAAGUAGUUGCUCAUGUCGGUAAGAAGCAUUUAUUUUAUAAAUCUGAAGUAAAUUGAUACUUUAACUUAAUUUUUAUGAUUUAUAUUAGUUUCGUGUGACUCUUUAGCACAAUACAGCUCUCUUGCAAUAACAAUAUCAAUAAUUUUUCUAAUUAAAGUCUAAUUAGCUGUAAUUAUUAGUAUUUUCUGACACCUGACGUUCGUCAAUCCCACGCAUUUGAGGUAAAGACAGUACUCGAUUAAGAAAGUAAUGAUUGCUAUUAUUUUAUGAUGUAUUAAUAUCCAUAAAUGUAGAAUACAGCAGAGGUUGUUUCCUGCUGUAAUUGUGAAAUAAUCACUGGGUUGCUGUCUGGCAACUGGUCUUGAACAAAAAUAUUUCUAAUAGUGUGUCUUACUGUAAACAUGGUGUAGCAAGCGUACCCCUAAAAUAGGCCUCCUCCUUUUCAGAAAACAAGUUUAUGACUAUUUUAAGUAAGUAAUGCCUAACAUGGAAACUAUCUGUAGGACUGUAGUCUGAGACUUCAUCCCUAGGACUGAAUACUGCCUGAUACUUCAGUGAGAGUAACGUUGUGGGUUAAUAUUUUCCUAGUGAGGAUAGUGAUGAAAUUUUAAGUAACUGUAAGCAUAUGUAUAAACCUAAAGCUUUUAAGCUGGUGAGACAUGUAUUUAAAUGCAUUUUUGAUUGCAUGUGCUUUUCUGACUUGUAGGUGUCGCGUUACUAUGAGUGCACACAGGGAAUCGAAUAUAUACAAAGCUCAAUUCCACCGAUGGUGCUUGAGAUAAACAAUCUCUAGCAUAAUUAAUGGCUAUAAUAUGUUAUACAGGAAUGUGAACUAUUUCCUAGUCUAGAUGUCUGGUGCUGAUUUUCCUAUAAUUUGGAACACACAGGCCUAUGGUGGCCCUUGAAAGUGAUACUCCAAUAUCUUCUCAUGGCAGGUGGCUAGUAUGUUGUCAUGUCGUAUGCAGAUGAUCAACUGCAUGUCCCCUUCACCUUACUCAAUACAUCCUGCAGAUACGCUCCUUCAUUAAGUGUAUUUUUCUGAAAGGGCCAUGUGUAUAUUCUCCUUCUAGCCUUAUGACCUAAGCACAUAUGCAUGUUUCUUUGUAGAGUAAGUGGUCUAACUCCCUGUGUAGGGAAUUCUGCCAGCCUGUCCCUUUCCUACCCACUUCUUUUGAACCAUCAAGGAAAAACUCAUUUUCUGGAGGCUUGAUUAAUGACCUGAUCCACUUCAUCUGAAAAAUUGGUAUUGCUUGUUGCUUGCAACCCUCCAAACACCUUUAUUUCUCAGCUUAUUAGCCAGUCUCCAUUUGUGAGUAGCAAACAUAGUAUUAUUUGAACUCCCUGAAUGUACCAUCUUUUUCUACACAGAAAUAUUGUUUGGGUAGAGCUUGGGAACAAAUUAUGCAUCACCACAUAGCUGUCUGUGGUACCUACUGAAUCAAUCCAUCUGUGUCUGCAGAGGGACAAGGUUUAUGCGGAUAAUCUCCUUAAAUCCCAAAUUUAAAAUCUCAGAGCCCUUGCUUUGCUACCAUGAAUGUGCUUGGAGAAUGUUGGCAACUGAGUUUCUACAAGUCAAGUUGGUUGUAUUCCUAAAAGUGUGGCAGUUUAUGUACUGAACAGCUCAGCCCUGUUGGUGCUUGAGUAGGUUAUAUAUUCAAAAACUAGACGCUCUCCAGCUUGUCUGUGGAAAAUGGCUUAAGCGGGCUACUUGUGGCUGUGAUCACUGGUCAUAUUUACAUGAUUGCAUUUAGUUCAAUUUUUUUUCAAACUGAAGUUGAUUAUUUUUCUUUCUUAAGAGAAUUUGAACUUGAAUUUUUUGCUUUCAAAAAGGGCAGGCAUACUAACCACCAGAGAGGCAGUGUUAGAAGGCAUUAGCAACCCCUGCUGAAACUAUUAUUCUUUCUGCAAGAAAACUAAAUACUAUUAUCUAGAAUACAGCAGUGAGCUUGAUGCAUAGUGUAGUGCUUAGCACCAUUCGUGUGGAAACAUGGGUUCCAGGCUCUUCAUUUAUGAACUUUAUUAUAUCCUUUUUGGAGGUGGAUGGCACAACUGGAGAAAACACUCUACUGGUGGUUCAUGCACUUAUAAAGGUGGUCAUAUACCUCACAGCAAAUGCAUCCAUAUCAAUUUUUCUUUUUGUAUCAGGCCAUAUAGUUUAGUUUUAGGUCUCAAAAUAAGAAACAAUAGAAUAGUAAGAAAUGAUCUAAAAAAAAUCUGUUUUAUGCAGUCCUUUCAUCUUUAGGGUAUGUAUGUGUAUGUGUUCAUAUGUAUAUUUUAAAUUGUUGACUAGAUAUAAUUUUAGAAUGUGACUAGAAUUCCAAUGAAGGCAGGGUAUUCUUAUUUGAUUUUUUUUUUUCUUUCCAUGUAUGUGCAUGUAUAUAUUGGAUCAAGCCCAUGAUACAGUCUCUUAGCUGAAAUCAAAUGUUUGACCUUGGGUAUUUGAUCUCUCAAGUUUCAAAAUGUCAAUAUAUUUUUUUUCUUAAUCAAUUUAUUUGUACAAUAAAUAAAUUAGAUAACUUGCCAUUUUCAUUUUUGUGUAACUAUACUGGUUGAAAAUUUUUGAUCUGUACCACUACCUCUUCAGUAAACAUUAAUACUGAUUAUUUUCUUUCUUGAAUAUAUUCUAAUUGUAGCAUUAAAUAGCGUGCUUAUUCUGCAAGAAUAAUAAGUUUAUUCAGACAAAUGGAAAACUUUAAAAGUGUCAGCAAUUUUAUUGACGCUAGCUAGAAGAAGAAAUACAGAAAGACAUCUACCCUCCCCCCAAUAUCUAAGGUAAAUGGACAUUGUUCUAACUGUUAGCAAAUCCCAAGGCUGAACGUUGUCACCUGAUUAUCUCGCCUAUGGAAUUCUUCACCAGAUUUAAUCUCCAGCCUGCUGCUGGGAAGUGUGAAAGUAUCAUGUGCUUAAAAUCAUAAGCAGAGUUGCAAAUCAUGUCCUAUAGUGCUCAGUUAUGAGUAGAAUAUUCCAUCUGUGAUCUGUAACUGUUUUUCUGUUCUGUUCACUUUUGCUUACUAGUUGCCUAUCACUUAAAUUUCUGAUUAAAAGGUGCAAUUCUUUGGCUUUGUAAAGUGUAUGCUUCAGUUUGUCAAUUGAAAUAAAUCUCUAUUUGGCUUACUAUUAAAAAGGUCUUGUCAGUGGAAUUGCUAGUGAAUAAUGAGCCAAAAUGA